AUGCUUAGAUACUUAAAAAGCUUUCCUCAGAAUUAUACUUAAAAUCCAAUGUAGAAAAAAGUUGAAAAAGGUGUUGAGAUAUCUGCGAAAAAUAAUUUCCCUAAAAAAUCAUAUUAAUAAUAUAAUUCUAAGUAAUUAAUGCUUAUAUAUGUUAAUGAUUUUAUUCAUAUUUAGAAUUAUUUAUUAAUUAUAUUUACUUUUUUUAAAAUAAAAUAAAACUUCAUUCUUAUGAUUCUUUUUAAUUUACUUAGAGAUAAAUAAUAUUCUUCUUAUUUUUCCCCCUCAUUUACUUACUAUUAAUCAUUUAAAACGUUAGUAUCUAUUUAUUUUUCAUUCAUAUUUAUUUUCAAAAGUCAUUAAUGA